AUGACGACAAACUCUUCCUCAGUGAAACCUGAAAUUGAGCUUUCAGACUCUGAUGAUGAAAGUAGACUUGUCAUUGAUGUGCCACCAGAAGUUCCUAAUAAAAAGCCAAGAAUAAGAAGGAAUUGUAGAAAUGGUAACAGGGACAAAGAACUGGCAGCUGUAGUAUGUGCAGGAAAAUUACAUGAUGAUGCUAUAGCAGACAUUUUUGGGUGUACAGAAGAAAAAUCUGAGGAAAUUAUUACUUUGCAGGAAAACAGCGGAAGUUUAAAUAAGCUUGAAAAACUAGGCAGUGUUUCUCCAAAAGCAAAUGAGAUUUAUUUGCCUGAUGUAAGCACUGGUAUAUUGAAGGGUUUGGGGAAAACAGGUGCCCUUACUUACAGUGAGGAGAAACAUAUAUCUUCAGCUGCUUCUACUAAGGCAGGCAUGAAGAAGGGAAUUCUAAAGCAAGGAAAUGCAGAAACUAAUAUAUUGGUCAAAGCAUUUCAGGAGAGUACUACUAAUGAAGUCUGUGUGAAGAGCAGAAGAGUAACAGAGUCUCCCUUGUGUACUGGUCACUCAUCAAAAGAUGGAACUGCCAUUGGAAGACCUUAUAAGGGAAUUAUAAAUCCAGAGAAAAGACAUAGUAUAGAAGAAAGUGGGGAAGAUGAUACCCCAGAAGAUACUUACAGGUAUCCAACUUAUUACCUAAACAAGAAAGAAAGUGGGCUGGGCUCAUCCACUGAGGAAGCAGAAUCCAGUGGGGAGGACACAGAGCUCUCUGAAUCUGAUGAUCCUUUAGAGGAGUGUCGAAGAAUAUUUGAUGAGUUUGAAAGAGAAGCACAAAAGAAGGACCAUGAUAAUCAGGCCCAUGGAAGAAAUGUAGAUCUCGAUUUGUUAGAAAUUAAAGUAAAUGUUCCUGGACAAAAGAGAAUUGCACACAUGGUGAAAUUAGAUGUGGGUUAUAAUCUUUCCCUGAUAGAAGAACAAUCUAUUUAUGAUCAUCAUGGCAGUAAAAAGAUGUACCUGAAUCUUACUGUGAAGACUCUCAAAAAGCUACAAGAUCUUGGGCAACUUAAUAACAGUGGAUCUUCCAGCGGCACUGGAUCCCUAAAGUCGGAGGAAGAGAAAGCAUUUACAGGUGGUGAUCUAUAUGAGCUUUUAAAAAAUUAUCUUUUGACUAAGGAACAGUUGAAUGAAAAUAACUUCCCUCGACCACAUCCUGAAAAAAAAGGUCAUGCUAUUCUUACUGGUAUUGUAAAAAAUGCUGGAUGUGAUGAUUUCAAAAGGGUCUGCUGUAGGUGUGAUGAAAUAUAUGCUGUUACUUCUUUCGGAACACAUCAACGUGAAGAGGAAUGUAGCUAUCAUUCUGGUGGAGUAUUGGAACAAAGAGUUCCUGGUGGUGUGGAAAAACAUUAUAGCUGUUGUGAGAGAGUGGUUGGGUCUUCUGGAUGUCAGAUUGCAAAGCUUCACGUUCAUAAUGGGAGAAGGGAGAAAUUGGAAGGCUUCAUGAAGACGUUAAUUAAAUCACCGCCUCUUGAUGGAACCCAUGGUGUAUAUGCUCUGAACUGCGAGAUGUGUUACACAACCCGUGGCUUGGAACUAACUAGAGUCACAGUGGUCGAUCCUAAGCUACAGGUUGUCUACGAUGCAUUUGUUAAACCAGAUGGUAAAGUUGUGGACUACGAUAUAAGACUCUCUGGAGUAACAGACAAUGAUCUGAAGAAUACCACAACAACUCUUCUGGCUGUACAGGCAAUACUGCUAAACCUGUUCAGUGUGGAUACAAUCUUAAUUGGACACAACUUAGAAAAUGACUUAUUUGCUCUCAGGCUAAUUCAUGACAUGGUGGUGGACACAUCAAUAGUGUUUCCUCAUCCACUAGGUUUGCCUCACAAAAGAACACUUAGAAGUCUGACUGCUGACUACCUCAGGAGAAUUCAUCAAGAUGAUGUUGGCUAUAAUUCCAGGGAAAAUGCAAUGUCUUGUAUGGAACUAAUCCUUUGGAAGAUCAAAGAGGAUAAUAGAAUGAGAAAACAGUGA